GUGCUGUGGCCCAAUUCUGUGUAUGUCUCCUCUUCAGGCCCCUGCCGGAGCAUGCUUCUCUAAUCUUACCAUUUAUCAGUGACCCUUUGGUGAAACUCUCUUCUAUUUAAAUUUACCAGGGUACACUUUGUAAUACUUGGGGCCAAGAAUUUGAAGAUAGUAAUUAGACAAAUCAAACAACUCAUAGUAGUGGAGGGACACAUAGCCCUACAGGAAGGGACAGAAUUAUCAUUAAAAACACAGACAAACCAGAGACUGCCUGAAAAAAAAAAAAAAAAAAAAGAUGAACUGGAAAGAUUCAAAGUAGGCUCUAUUAGAGGUGGCUGCCUCUUUGAUGAGCCGUAUAGCACAUGUGGAUAUAGUCAAUCUGAAGAUGAUGACUUCAACUGGGAGCAAGUGAACACCUUGACCAAACCGACUUCUGAUCCAUGGAUGCCAUCAGGUUCUUUCAUGCUGGUGAAUGCCUCUGGGAGACCUGAGGGGCAGAGAGCCCACCUGCUCUUACCCCAACUUAAAGAAAAUGACACCCACUGCAUCGAUUUUCACUAUUUUGUGUCCAGCAAGAGUAAUUCUCCUCCGGGGUUACUCAAUGUCUACGUGAAGGUCAAUAACGGGCCACUGGGGAGUCCUAUCUGGAAUAUAUCUGGAGACCCAACACGUACAUGGAACAGGGCCGAACUGGCCAUUAGUACUUUCUGGCCUAACUUUUAUCAGGUGAUUUUUGAAGUGAUAACUUCUGGACAUCAAGGCUAUCUCGCUAUCGAUGAGGUGAAGGUGUUAGGACAUCCGUGUACGAGGACCCCUCACUUCCUGCGGAUUCAGAAUGUGGAAGUUAACGCUGGCCAAUUUGCUACCUUCCAGUGCAGUGCCAUCGGCAGGACCGUGGCAGGAGACAGGCUCUGGCUACAGGGCAUUGAUGUACGAGAUGCUCCUCUGAAGGAAAUCAAGGUGACCAACUCCCGACGCUUCAUUGCUUCAUUUAAUGUUGUGAAUACCACCAAACGAGAUGCCGGAAAGUACCGCUGCAUGAUUCGCACCGAAGGAGGUGUUGGGAUAUCAAACUAUGCAGAGUUGGUAGUUAAAGAACCACCUGUUCCUAUUGCCCCACCUCAGCUCGCCUCUGUAGGAGCCACCUACCUGUGGAUACAGCUCAACGCCAACUCCAUCAAUGGCGAUGGGCCCAUUGUGGCCCGAGAGGUGGAGUACUGCACGGCCAGUGGGAGCUGGAAUGACCGGCAGCCAGUGGAUUCCACGAGCUAUAAAAUUGGACACCUUGACCCCGAUACAGAAUAUGAGAUUAGUGUGCUUCUGACGAGGCCAGGGGAGGGUGGCACUGGCUCUCCUGGGCCAGCUCUCAGGACGAGAACAAAGUGUGCUGAUCCCAUGCGAGGCCCAAGGAAACUGGAAGUAGUAGAGGUCAAAUCUCGGCAAAUCACUAUCCGCUGGGAGCCAUUUGGAUAUAAUGUAACUCGUUGCCACAGUUAUAAUCUCACUGUCCACUACUGUUACCAAGUUGGAGGACAAGAACAAGUGCGAGAAGAAGUAAGCUGGGAUACAGAAAACUCACACCCUCAACACACAAUCACUAACCUGUCACCAUACACCAAUGUCAGUGUGAAACUGAUCCUCAUGAACCCAGAGGGCCGGAAGGAAAGCCAAGAACUCAUAGUGCAGACAGAUGAAGACCUCCCAGGUGCUGUUCCCACUGAAUCCAUACAAGGAAGUACCUUUGAAGAGAAGAUAUUUCUUCAGUGGAGAGAACCAACUCAAACAUACGGUGUAAUCACUUUAUAUGAGAUCACCUACAAAGCAGUCAGUUCCUUUGACCCAGAAAUAGAUUUAUCCAAUCAGAGUGGAAGAGUUUCAAAGCUGGGAAACGAAACCCAUUUUCUGUUUUUUGGACUGUAUCCGGGGACCACAUACUCCUUUACCAUCCGGGCUAGCACAGCUAAGGGUUUUGGGCCUCCAGCAACAAACCAGUUCACCACGAAAAUAUCAGCGCCCUCUAUGCCAGCUUAUGAACUUGAGACACCUCUGAAUCAAACUGACAAUACCGUGACAGUCAUGCUGAAACCUGCCCACAGCAGAGGAGCACCUGUCAGUGUCUAUCAAAUAGUUGUUGAGGAAGAACGUCCUCGAAGAACUAAAAAGACAACAGAAAUCUUAAAGUGCUACCCAGUGCCAAUUCACUUCCAGAAUGCUUCUCUGCUGAACUCACAGUACUACUUUGCUGCAGAAUUUCCUGCAGACAGCCUCCAAGCUGCGCAGCCUUUUACAAUUGGUGAUAAUAAGACAUACAAUGGAUACUGGAACACUCCCCUUCUCCCCCAUAAAAGCUACAGAAUUUAUUUCCAAGCUGCUAGUAGAGCCAAUGGGGAAACCAAAAUAGACUGUGUCCGAGUGGCCACAAAAGGAGCUGCCACUCCGAAACCAGUCCCAGAACCCGAGAAACAGACAGAUCAUACAGUUAAAAUUGCUGGAGUCAUUGCGGGCAUCUUGCUGUUCGUUAUUAUAUUUCUUGGAGUUGUGUUGGUAAUGAAGAAAAGGAAACUGGCCAAGAAGCGGAAAGAGACCAUGAGCAGCACCCGACAGGAGAUGACUGUGAUGGUGAACUCAAUGGACAAGAGCUACGCCGAGCAGGGCACAAACUGCGACGAGGCUUUCUCAUUCAUGGACACGCACAAUCUGAAUGGGAGAUCUGUGUCUUCACCAUCAUCCUUCACAAUGAAAACAAAUACACUGAGCACGUCGGUGCCUAAUUCCUAUUACCCAGAUGAAACCCACACGAUGGCCAGCGAUACCAGCAGCUUGGUGCAGUCCCAUACUUACAAGAAGCGGGAGGCGGCCGACGUGCCCUAUCAGACCGGGCAGCUCCACCCCGCCAUCCGGGUGGCAGACCUCCUUCAGCACAUCACACAGAUGAAGUGUGCCGAGGGCUACGGCUUCAAGGAGGAAUACGAGAGCUUCUUUGAAGGGCAGUCUGCACCAUGGGACUCGGCUAAGAAAGAUGAGAACAGAAUGAAGAACAGAUACGGGAAUAUCAUUGCAUACGAUCAUUCCCGAGUGAGGCUGCAGACAAUAGAAGGAGACACAAACUCAGACUAUAUCAAUGGCAAUUAUAUCGAUGGUUAUCAUCGACCCAAUCAUUACAUUGCUACCCAAGGGCCAAUGCAGGAGACCAUCUAUGACUUCUGGAGGAUGGUGUGGCACGAAAACACUGCAAGCAUCAUCAUGGUGACCAAUCUUGUGGAAGUGGGAAGGGUCAAAUGCUGCAAAUACUGGCCAGAUGACACAGAGAUAUAUAAAGACAUUAAAGUUACCCUCAUAGAAACAGAACUACUGGCAGAAUAUGUGAUAAGAACAUUUGCUGUUGAAAAGAGAGGUGUGCAUGAAAUCCGAGAGAUCAGACAGUUUCACUUCACUGGCUGGCCGGAUCAUGGGGUCCCCUACCAUGCCACCGGCCUGCUGGGAUUCGUGCGGCAAGUCAAGUCCAAGAGCCCACCCAAUGCAGGCCCACUGGUGGUGCACUGCAGUGCUGGUGCAGGGAGGACUGGCUGUUUCAUCGUCAUUGAUAUCAUGUUGGACAUGGCUGAAAGGGAAGGGGUCGUCGACAUCUACAACUGCGUCAGGGAGCUGCGGUCACGGAGGGUGAACAUGGUGCAAACAGAGGAGCAGUAUGUGUUUAUCCACGAUGCGAUCCUGGAAGCCUGUCUUUGCGGGGACACCUCUGUGCCUGCUUCCCAAGUUAGGUCUCUGUAUUAUGACAUGAACAAACUGGAUCCACAGACAAACUCGAGCCAGAUUAAAGAGGAAUUCCGGACCCUAAACAUGGUGACGCCAACGCUGCGAGUGGAGGACUGCAGCAUCGCGCUGUUGCCCCGGAACCAUGAGAAGAACCGGUGCAUGGACAUCCUGCCCCCAGACCGCUGCCUGCCCUUCCUCAUCACCAUCGACGGGGAGAGCAGCAACUACAUCAACGCUGCCCUCAUGGACAGCUAUAAACAGCCUUCAGCUUUUAUAGUCACCCAGCAUCCUUUGCCAAACACAGUGAAAGACUUUUGGAGACUGGUCCUGGAUUAUCACUGCACAUCCGUCGUUAUGCUCAAUGAUGUGGAUCCUGCCCAGUUGUGUCCACAGUACUGGCCAGAAAACGGAGUACACAGACACGGCCCCAUCCAGGUGGAAUUUGUCUCUGCUGACCUAGAAGAGGACAUCAUCAGCAGGAUAUUCCGUAUUUACAAUGCAGCCAGACCCCAAGACGGAUAUCGGAUGGUGCAGCAAUUCCAGUUCCUGGGCUGGCCGAUGUACAGGGACACACCAGUGUCCAAGCGCUCCUUCUUGAAGCUCAUCCGCCAGGUGGACAAAUGGCAAGAGGAGUACAACGGCGGGGAAGGCCGCACUGUUGUGCACUGCUUGAACGGCGGAGGCCGCAGUGGGACGUUCUGCGCCAUCAGCAUCGUGUGUGAGAUGCUCCGGCACCAGAGAACCGUGGAUGUCUUCCACGCUGUGAAGACACUGAGGAACAACAAGCCCAACAUGGUCGACCUCCUGGAUCAGUACAAGUUCUGCUACGAGGUGGCCCUGGAAUACUUGAAUUCUGGCUGAUGGCGUAAACAGCUCUGCAAACAAUCCCUUUCAUACCACAAAGCCAAGACGUUCCGUGGUAUUUGUGCAGAAGAGAUGAAGACUUCUCAAUAUGCUUAUUUUGCUUUGCAUAAUUGGCUCUUUUUAAGAGCCCAAGAAAGUGUUUCUAAAACUGCUUGCACUGCCCAAUCCCAGUAAUGCUGCUGCCUGACAGGAACACACACACAGCCACAGUCGCCAAAUCCCGUACUCCUCGCCACCGGCUUCCUAGAGCAGCGUAGACAUCUGGUAAACUGAAGAGCACAACUAUAUUCUUAUGAAGGAAUUUGUACCUUUGGGGUAUUCUUUUGUGGCCCGUGACCCUCGUUAUUGUUACAGCUGAGUGUGUUUUUGUUCUGUGGAGAAUGCUGUCUGGCAUUAUGAUAAUAUAUUAUUUUAGGUAAUAUUUGUACUUUAACAUGUUGCGUAAUAUAUGCUUAUGUAGCUUUCCAGGACUAACAGAUAAAUGUGUAAUGAACAAAGACAUGUUGUAUGAGUCGUCGUUUCUAUCAGAUUUGUAUUGUUUCCAAGGGAAAAGCUUGGGGGAGGACUCAGUUCACAAAAUGCAAAACUCGACGAUCGGAUUCACGGACCUAGAGCUUUUCCGUGUGUUUAUAUUGUAAAUAUUUUUGAUUUCAUCAAAUUAUUUAUUCAUUAAAAGAAAUUUUUGUGAAGCACA